CCAGAACUGAGGUCACGUCUGCAUCCAGUCGAAACCCAUAUCCUUCACAAAGGGUACGGAGGUUCCGAUCGUACUGUCGCCAAUGAGACUAUGGACAGAUCCCGUCGUUCAUUGAGGGACCGUGCGAACGUUGUAUGUGUUGAAUGUCACUCACGCAAAGUAAAAUGCGAUUUACAGGCAAGCCAAGACAAGACGUGUCGGAAUUGUCGACGUGCUCAAAUUCCCUGCGUGUACGCUCGCUCCUAAGUCAUGUCAUGCUCUUGCAAUAGAGGUGCUGACCAGCCGGGGUCAGUCUCCGCAAUGGAGUCCGGAAGAGGCGCCCGCGGGGCACUGAUCUGGGCGGGACCGACAUCAGAACGCCAUCUAUUUCGUUGCCAGUCACAGAACAAAUGAUCAGCCCGAGAGACAGUCUAAGAGGAGAGGCAGUCAGCAAAGUAUCAGAGACAAGCGGCAAUCUCCAGCGAGAUAUUGUAUGGAGACCUAGCAGCUUUAUUGACAAAGGCUCCAUCAUGUACGACCCAGUCAAGACACCGCCCACUGUCGUGCUGAACAACCUUGCUACUGGAAAUACUGGCACAAACGAUGCGAUUCUGAGAGUCACAGGGGCCAGCAUUCUACCGCAGCUCGUACUGCUACAGGCUCUGAAGGACUCCUUUUUCGAGCACGCCGCAUUCUACUACUCUGUAGUUGACCCCGGUGACGUUUCCGGUCCAAGUGCAUCGGUGCUUCUUCAGCAAGCAGUUUGCUUAGCUGGUAGUCUCAUGAGACAUGGAAAGGACAGCGUCGAUCUCGCGAGUUCGCAGUAUGAAAAAGUCAAGACGCUGGUUCACGUUGGCUUUGAGCCUGAUCAAUUGACGGUUCUCAAAGCUCUGUGCCUUAUGUCAUGCUGGAGCCCUUCUUCCCCCUAUCUAGUCACCCUUGAUGGACCAUGGCACUGGACAGGUAUGGCUUCGCGUAUGGCGCUUCAACUUGGUCUUCAGAAACAGUCGUCAUACAUCAAUCGUCAGGGUGCUGGUAGCUUACGGCGAAUUUUCUGGCACCUUCAGACGAGUGAAAUCCUUAUGACAGCUUGCUGGGGGCGACCCCUCCUCCUCAGACCCGAAGACACUGAUGUACCACCGCUCUCAGAGGAAGACUUUGCUGUGCAUAACUUUGAAGCAACUGCCACAACCUGGAUGACGAGGCUCAUACAGAUCGUUGGGGAUAUCACGACUCUGAAGUUUAGGAAAAGUGGCCCAACAUCGGCAGAAGUGGAAGCCGUCGUCGCAUCGCUUUAUGACUGGCUGACUAACUUGCCCGAAGACUUACGGCUGUUUAGUCCCGAUGGGAUCAAAAAGCCAUUCACUCAGCAACGCGCCGAGAUUUUCAUCUUCUACUUCGUCGCCAUUAUACUCAUUCAGACGGUUACCAGAAGUAAUAGUUCGUCAAUGUGGAGAACUUCGCCAGCGUCGGUCCUCGCUGCAUCCUGUGCUGCACGGCUUUACGACGAAAUUCGAUGCAGAGAGCGCGUCGUCCAUCUAAUACACUAUCAUGCAUUCCUUGUCUUAGUCGUCGGCGUCGUUUUGAUAUCUCAUCAACCUCAAUCGCAAGAGAAAGAGAGCGUACUCAGCAGAGAUCUUGAUGUUAUCCACUGCAUCCUGAAGGGUAUGAGCGCCAAGUUUGGAGGAGCUCGCGCUAUUUUGGUCAAGUUCAAGGACGCGCCACGAGACUUUGGAGGUGAGCGGGUUGAAGAAUCGUCCUCUUUGAGAAGCGAGACAGCAGGCUCCCAUGGUUUAUCAACAGCAAAGAUUGUACAAGACCACAUGGUCGACCUAUUUGCUUUCCCAUCAGAAAUGUGCGAGAACAUGGACAUUCUAUCACAAAUAAACGACACCAGAGACGGAAGCAUCUUUCAAGAUGACGCUUUUGGAGACUUGGGGCGCCUGGGGGAUGACUUUGACGACAUUACCUCAUUCAUGGAUGUGCUUGGCAUGGACUUUGCAAAUUUCGAUGGCGCCAAUUGUUGAGGGCUCUCACAUGCUGCCGAAUAUCGGGUACAGAAAUAUUGGACAAUAGGAUUCUGCUGCAAUUGUGCUUUAAUCAUGAUGAGAGUUUCGUCGAUCCGUGGUUCGGCAUGUGUCAACCGACCCGAACGCCGUGGUGUCCAAAGGAUGCUUCUCUGCUUCGGCAAUUCGGCACUCGGCACUGCACUGUACGCUUUAAUGGUUCGAUAUACUAGAAACAAUAGAACAAGGGUCAGACGAAGGUGUUAUUAUUUGAAGACGGG